UCUCUUUCUCACACUACUCCUCUCCUUGGUCUCGCCGUCUCAGUCUCUCCCUCUCCUUCUAAUUCGGUCUCGCCGUAGCUCCACCAAUGGCCGCCGUCACCGGAGCUUCUUCGAUCUCCCUCAUCCGCUCCUCCCCCCAGCAGUUCCACCAAAAUCUCGCAUUAUCCAGGGCUAACGGUUUGAGAUCAGUUUCACUUGCUGGCUAUGGAAGAAGUUCCCUCUCUUUCGGGCUGCAACAACGUUCGGCCCGGCUUCGCGUUUCCUGCGCUGCAAAGCCGGAUACGGUGGAAAAGGUGUCUAAGAUAGUAAAGAAGCAACUUGCAUUGCCAGAUGACUCUGCAGUUACCGGCGAGUCAAAGUUUUCCGAACUUGGAGCUGAUUCUCUAGAUACGGUUGAGAUUGUGAUGGGACUUGAGGAGGAAUUCGGCAUCAGUGUGGAAGAGGAAAGCGCUCAGACCAUUGCAACUGUGCAGGAUGCCGCAGAUGUUAUUGAGAAGCUCAUUGAGAAAAAUAAGGCGUAGAAGCGAUGGAAACGAGUCGAGAAGCAUUUUCAUUUCCUAGCCUGCUUUAGAGAUAAGUACUUGGUAGACUGGUUAUGUACUGGGUUGUUUUGUGUUAAAUCCGAACCU